AUGAGUUUGUUUCACAAAUCACCCGUGGAUAUCGAGAUUUUACUAGAUGGAGAAGAAUCGAGAAAGCACGUUGAAAUUCCUAAUGCUGCUGGUUCAGGAUCUAAAACUCUCAACGAUAGGUUAGCUGUGUAUGAGGAUGGUGAGACAAUCAGUGGGAUGGUUACUCUCAGAGUGAAAGAGGGCAAAAGGGUGGAACAUUUGGGUAUAAAAGUGGCCGUCAUUGGUUCAAUUGACAUGAUUAAGACUAGUGGGGGCAAUGGGAGUGGGAACUCAUCCAAGAGGUUGUCAAAUACAUCUUCCAGUGUGUCUGAUGCGAGAAAAACUCCAGUAGAACAGUUUAUUUGCUUAAGUUAUGACCUUUGCCCGCCCGGAGAGCUCCAACACGCCCAGAACUUCCCCUUCAUGUUCAAGGAUUUAGCCAAGAGAUAUGAAUCGUAUAGGGGUAAGAAUGUUGACGUUUCGUACUACGUUAAAGUGACUGUGGCCAGAAAAUCGAUCGAUAUCUCGAAGACUAAGAAAUUUUGGGUUUAUCUGUACAAGAACGUCUCCUUACCUCCAGCUCCCAUCGUUAAUAAUGAAGAAAGCCAUCCGAAUGCAGAGACCACAGAGGAAAAUGGCGCUGAUGGAGCUUCCAGUAGUAAAGCGUUGACGGGUGGUCUGCGGAAGGAACCGAAACCCGUAAAGCUGGACAUAGGUAUAGAAAACUGUCUGCAUAUUGAGUUUGAGUUUUCCAAAUCUCAGUACAGCUUAAAGGAAGUAAUAGUGGGGAGAAUAUAUUUUCUGCUAUCGCGACUCAAGAUAAAGCACAUGGAAUUGAGCUUGAUAACAAGAGAGUCAUCUGGCUUACAGCCAUCUAACUGUCUGGUGGAUUCCACCGCUAUACGAUACGAAAUAAUGGAUGGAAGUCCCGUCAAGGGCGAAACGAUACCGAUAAGGCUGUUCUUGGGUGGUUACGAUCUAUCACCAGACGUUAGUUGCAACUAUUUCAACGUUAAAAACUACCUUAGCUUGGUCAUAGUAGAUGAAGAUGGCAGAAGGUAUUUCAAACAGUCUGAGAUAGUCCUCUUUCGUACAAGAUAG